UCUGGACCAGCGGCCAGUCGAAAGCGAACCACCUCCGCGCUAACUUCGAGCGUUGAGUCGCGACUUAACUUGAGUCUAGUUCAGUUGAGAUCAGUUGUUCUUGCUUACUGGUCGCGCACACGCGAGUGACUUUUAUCUACCUACAAUCGACUUUGUUUGGCUUCGUUGCUGCUAUCAUCGCAGCGCGCGAAACGUGUUUGCCGCAAUAAUGCAGUUCGUGUGCGCGUUCGUUCAGUGCACCUAACAAUAUUGUGUGUUUUUGUUUGCAAUUUUGUAUAAUUACAUCGUGCGACUAAUUGGCGAGAUUAUUAAGUGCCGCAGAUCAGUUCGCGAAGCGUACAAAUAAAGAGGGUACAUUGUGGACGCGAGCCUUGUGAAUUAUGUUUCAAUUAUGGACUCUUUGGGCUGUGAUAUUGUCGUACAUUGUUGUUAACGUUGCACCAUUAGAAAAUGGCGUCGCACGCACACCGCCGAUGGGAUGGCUGGCGUGGGAACGCUUUCGAUGUAACACCGACUGCAAAAACGAUCCUGAAAAUUGUAUAAGUGAGCGGUUGUUCCGAACCAUGGCUGAUUUGGUCGUCUCGGAAGGAUACGCCAAAGUCGGCUAUGAGUAUGUGAACGUAGACGACUGCUGGCUGGAGAAGGAGAGAAACGUCCACGGACAGUUAGUGCCGGAUCGCCAGCGGUUUCCAAGAGGAAUGAAGUCGCUGAGCGAUUACGUUCAUUCGAAAGGUCUGAAGUUUGGAAUUUACGAAGACUACGGCAAUUACACAUGCGCCGGCUAUCCGGGCAUAUUGGGAUAUUCUCAGAUCGAUGCGGCAACAUUCGCCUCCUGGGACGUUGACUACGUGAAACUGGACGGGUGUUACGCGCAUCCAUCGGACAUGGACCGAGGAUAUCCGGAAUUCGGAUACUAUUUAAAUCGCACUGGACGUCAGAUGAUUUACUCCUGCAGCUGGCCUGUGUAUCAAAUCUACGCAGGCAUGCAACCGAAUUACUCUUCAAUCAUUCAACAUUGCAAUCUGUGGCGCAACUUCGAUGACAUUCAGGAUUCCUGGUCAAGCGUGGAGAGCAUUAUGGACUAUUACGGCAACAAUCAGGACAGCGUCGUGCCCAAUGCCGGUCCCGGCCAUUGGAAUGAUCCAGAUAUGUUGAUCAUCGGUAACUUUGGUUUGAGUUAUGAGCAGUCCAAGACGCAAAUGGCAAUUUGGGCCAUUCUAGCUGCACCGUUACUAAUGUCCGUUGACUUACGCACCAUCCGGCCAGAAUACAAAGCAAUCUUGCAGAAUCGCAAAAUCAUCUCCGUGGAUCAAGAUCCGCUUGGCAUUCAAGGCAGGCGUAUUUAUAAGCAUAAAGGAAUUGAAAUCUGGUCGCGUCCGAUCACACCUCUGUACCAAAAUUACUUCUCGUAUGCGGUGGCAUUUGUAAAUCGUCGUACGGACGGCACACCAUCCGAUGUCGCGGUGACGCUCAAAGAACUCGGAUUAACAUCGCCGACAGGUUACAGAGUCGAAGACCUCUACGAAGAUGUCGAUUAUGAUGUGUUGUCGUCGCAGACGAAGAUCAAAGUGAAAGUGAAUCCAUCAGGAGUCGUAAUAUUGCGUGCUGAUGUCCAGCCGGACUAUACUCGACGGAUACCAUUCUAUAGCACUCAGAGAACCCCGUACGAUCCGAUCAAUCAGGUGUUCAGGGUAAGGAAUAACGGGUUUUGAGUGUUUUCAUUAAAAUCGUAUUCCAGCCUGUGUCUUGUCUUCAGUUUAUGUGUCUCUUUUUUUUGUAAAUACUAGUUUUGUUUAUUUAAUUUUUAAUGUUCUUUUAUUCGAAAAGAUUACAUCAUAAUGACAAUAUUUUUUAUACUUUAAUUAAAAUAUAAAGUUAAUCAAU